CUGGCUGUCUGGGUAGAGUAUGAUCGUCAUUCUGUUUCCACUGUGAUUGUGAUGGAUUGCACAUUGAUAUGGACAGUUUAAUAUUAUUAACGUGGAGUUAUCCAUAACAAGAAAAGUGAAGCAUUUCAUCAUCAAUCGUCAUGCAGCAUCCAGCUCUUCCGAUCACCGAAAGCGGUUUAAUAUAUCCGAGUCCAAGCAGGUUUCACCCACGUUCAUUUAGUUGAUCAAGUUGAUGAUCAAAUCCAUAAUCCAGAUGAUUUAGAUGAUGGGUGCAUCUUGCUCCGUGUUUCGGCAUCAAAGACCUGGGAUGAUCUGCGAGACGCACCCUGUGGGAUGCCCUCGACUCUACUAUAUAAAUCCUCCAUCGACCACCUCUCUCUGAUCAAACAACUCAACCAUCAUGAUUCCCAAACACAUCCUUCUCGGCCUGCUGGGCUCUCCAGCCUUUGCCCUUCCCCAGGCCAGCCAUGCUCCAUCUCCUUCUGGUCCUCCCGUGGCCAACCAUCCCACGUCGCAGCCUCACACGCCGUACUCGGGCACUCCCACGACCACGGGUGCUAUCAGUGCGAGCUCUGUCGGAACUGGCAUUCCUGAUCUUGGCAUCGCACCAGGUGCCACGGACUAUCCGAGCAAUGGACAGUUGCAGAGUGCUGAGCCUGCCCCGUUUACUCCUGCCGGCGGAGUCGGAACCGACGGGACUGAACCAGUCUACAAUGCAAAGAGUGAUUUUGAUUUUGAAUCAUUGGCUCUCGGUGUGUACCAAGAAUACAUCGAGCUCGACCUCUUCCACGAUGGUCUCGCCCGGUUCUCGACCGAAGACUUUGAGAAAGCCGGUCUGAACGCCGAAGACCGCUAUCUCAUCCAGUUCAUGGCGGAGCAGGAAGUCGGCCAUGCUACCAUGUUGUCCAACAUCCUGGGUGCAGCUGCCCCGAAGCAAUGCACCUACAACUACCCAUACAAGACCGUCGGGGAGUUCCUCGACUUUUGUCAGAAGCUGACUCGCUUCGGUGAGUCUGGUGUGUAUGGAUUCCUCGGCCAUCUCGACUCUAGAGAGGCUGCUACUCUCCUCACGCAGUCUAUCACGACUGAAGCCCGUCAGCAAAUGAUCUUCCGCCAGUUUGAAGGAUUGUUCCCCAUGCCCGUCUGGUUUGAAGUUGGCAUUCCGCAGUCGUGGGCCUGGACUUUGCUUGCUCCGUAUAUCAGUUCGUGCCCUGCAGACCAGACUCGUCUAGUGUGGCAGAACUUCCCUGCUCUCUCCAUCCUCAACCAGCCAAACCCAAGCCGCGUCGAUGGAGAAUCAGCUGAGAAUGAGACCAUUGACUCUGGCAUGAACACUCUCCAGAGCGCAACUGGCGACGAUGCAUGCGUCAACAACCAUGAGGUCGGCAGCAGCUGCACCCCAGCCAUCACCCACAACCGCACCGUUCCUCUGUCCUAUCCCGGUCGAAAGAUUGAGCUUCAAUGGGAGACUCCCGGCAAAGCAGUGGGCCCCAACAACAGCUAUGUCACCUCGACAUCCGCCGGAAAGCCGCAGUACGUCGCCUGGGUGACGCAGUUGAAUGUGACCUACUCGCCAUUGGAAGUCACCAACGCCAGCCACGGCACUACGAUCCAGCCUGAUCUGGCUACGUAUGCUGGUGAUCCUGCUAUCAACGGAACCAUGUUCAUUGCUGUCACUGAUGACAACCCGUACCUGACUGCGUUCAACUUGAGUAACAUCAACCCCCAUGUUGUUGCUGGCCCUGCUUUGUACCAGGCUGGCUAAACCAUCCAUCCGAUGUCGUGUAUCAACUGCCAUGUACAAGUACAGUCAUGUAUAUAGCACAUGCUCAAUCCAUCCUGCUAUCUAUCUAUACAGUAUCCUCCCUCCUAGUCCCCCGAUAAAACUCCCUCUCCUCGUAAACCCUCACAUCAUCAUCUGCAUAAAUCCUCCCCUUCUUCUCCUCUUUAAUCCUCAACCUCCGAAUCCGGCAGACAUCCCACU